AUGCCGGCGAAGAGGCGAGUUCGGAAAAAGCCCCAGACGAUUCGAGCUAUAGCUGCUCAAUCUAAAGGCACAAUGCUUGCUAACGAGGUGGAGGCUGUUUUUGAGCCUCUCGAGUUGGGUGACAACCCGGAAUUCCAGCGAAUUGCCGCCAGGUUCACCGCUCAAGAUAAAGAUCAAGCCCCGGUGAAAUUUGAACAGGAGACGGUUGAAGAGGUUCCUAGCAAAAAACGAAGAACAAAAAUCUCUCUGGCCACUUUGAAGGAACACACCGGGCGGCCAGAGCUUGUACAAUUGUGGGACGCUGACGCCAAAGAUCCGCUGUUCCUGAUCCAAUUGAAAAGCGCUCCGGGGGUCGUUCAAGUGCCCCCUACAUGGCAAAGUUCGUUUUUCAAGUCACGAUUUUACCGUCGACCAGCCUACAGGCUUCCCCAGAAUAUUUCAGAUACAGGAAUCAUGGAUUUACGAGACGUCUACGAAGACGAGCAAGAAACGCUCACGCAAAAGAGCCGGCAGCGUGUCCAGCCCAAACUAGGAAAGCUCGAUGUUGAUUUCCGGAAAUUGCAUGCCGCGUUCUUCAAAUUUCAGCAGAAGCCAAGACUCUCAAGCUUUGGAUCAGUAUACGACCCCUCCAAGCAACAAGCGGCAGACGUUAAUUUUGAUCAGUUCACACCAGGCGUGCUGUCUGACCGACUGAGAGGAGCACUAGGACUAGGACCGCAUGAUGAGCCACCAUGGGCAAAGACACAAGAGAAAAUAGGCCUUCCCACUGCUACGAAGCAUGAACAUUGGGGCGAGAUGAAUCUCGACAGCGAGUCUGAACAGUCCGAGUCUGAUCUGGAACCCGAACAAGAAGAACAGCCCCAGCCGGAGCCUGAAAAAGAUGACGAGCCCAAAUACGAGCCUGAUUCAGAGUCGGAACCGGAGCUGCCCACAGAGUCUGCUUCAAACAGACAACUGUACGUUGAACUGCAAGAGUCUUCAACCGAAGGAGCUCUGGGUCCUUCUAAAAAGUAUAACCUACCUUAA